AUGGCCAUCGGUUUGCUGAGUAUUCCGAGGGAAAUUCGGGACUUGAUUCUCGACCAGGUCGUAUUCCUGCCCGACCGCGAGCCUCCGCAGAAUCCCUCCGUCAGCCAGGGCCGGAAAAGGCGCGAGUACAAGGGUAAAGGUUUUUUUGAUGGCCACGACAUUUGGGUAGAGAAGCAGCAGCAACGCACACCACCCGCCGGCACGCCCAACACCGCUAUCCUCCUCGUUAAUCAACAAUUGCACGAUGAAGCCAAGUCCCUGCUUGCGUCAAAAGGAACCCAUUACCGUUUGGACGUCAUGUAUGUCAAGGAAUGUGGCUUGUGGCCGACUUGGCUUGCCGUGCCAAGAACGACCCGCCAUGCCGACAGCGUAAACGUUCAGUUCCGCAUUUUCGAUCCGCCAAAGGAUGUCGACCCCGACUGGAAGAACGAAGAGCAGUUCCGCGGCGGCGACGGCGGCCCGCCCUUUAUCGUCUGGAAUUUUUACGCCAUGCUGUCUGGCUACCUGCGAUACGGCCCGACCGCCUUUAGCAGUGUCGUCGCCGACCCGUCAAACUUCACCAUCAAGAAGCUCGUGAUAGACGUCGUCGCCCCACCCGCCAACGAGAAGCAUGAUCGCCUCGUACCGGGAGGCACACGUCGCGCCAUCGACCUGUUUGAGGGCUUCACUCAUAUGGUCAUGGACGCAGAGAAGCGCGAGAGGCGCGGGAUCACUUGGCCCCGCCCGCCCGAGGGCAAAGAACACCUCAUUCCGGCUGAGAAGCUGGCUUUCUUCAUGUGCAGCCAGAUCGGCGGCCUUCUCUCCAUGUAUCGUGACUGGGGCGAGUACGGCGCCGCCCUGUACGAGGGCAUCGGCAGCAUCCAGAUCCGCGUCAACGGCGAGCUGCGCCGCGAGUUCGACAUGGACGAGAUGCUUGCCAGGUUACCAAUCCAGCCCAUCACGGCGUGGAAUGAAAAGGAACAACAAAAGAGACAGAGACGCUUUGACGAAUGGAAGGCCCACGCAACUGCGAUAAGACAAGGUUGGAAGAAAGCGUGA